CACAUUACAGUCACAUGUCUUCAAGAUCCGGUGUCUGAGAAGCAUUCUUGUGUAGAUGAAUAUUUUUGACAUAAUUUAGAUAAAAAUGGCUGAACAGAUUUAAAAUGCAGAUAAAACAUGUCUGGUCCCGGUUAUGACGAUGACAUUGUUGCCGUGAUUAUAGACAAUGGUUCCGGAAUGAUCAAAGCAGGAUUUGCAGGCGAUGAUGCACCGAGUGCUGUUAUUCCUUCAAUAACUGGCCGCCCAAGACAUCAGACCGAGAUGGUUAAGCAAGGUUACACAGAACAGGAAUGUUUUGUUGGAGACGACGCACAAAAUAAACGAGGCAUCCUGAAAAUGACAUAUCCCAUUGAACACGGAAUAAUUACAAACUGGGACGACAUGGAAAAACUGUGGCAUCAUACAUUCUAUAAUGAACUCCGAGUGGUUCCAGAACAACAUCCUGUCAUAUUAACAGAAGCUCCAAUGAACCCCAAAGCUAACAGAGAGAAAAUGACAGAAUUUUUUCUGGAAUCUUUAAAUGCUCCUGCUUUCUACGUCGCCAUACAAGCCGUUCUAUCUCUGCAUGCAUCUGGAAGAACAACAGGAAUAGUAUUUGAUUCAGGAGAUGGCGUUUCCAAUGCUGUACCAAUUUACGAAGGGUAUGCUAUACCUCACACUAUUAAACGUUCUCAACUCGCAGGACGAGACCUUACUGCAUAUCUCCAAAGAAUCUUGCCUGAAAAGGGUCACAAUUUUGUCUUCCCAUAUAUGGAAGGGAUAGUAAGUGAUAUCAAGGAGAAAAUGUGCUACGUUUGUCUCGACUUUGAGCAAGAAAUGGACACGUCAGACAAGUCAUCAUCUUUGGAAAAGUUAUACGAAUUACCAGAUGGUGAUGUCAUUACAAUCGGGAAUGAAGAACGCUUCCGAUGCGCAGAAGCAUUGUUUCAGCCAUCGUUCCUUGGAAUGGAACAAAGUGGAAUCCAUGAAAUGAUUCACAAUUCCAUUAUGAUGUCAGACAUUGAUAUUAGAAAAGAUCUGUACAGUAAUAUUGUGUUAUCAGGAGGUUGCACAAUGUUUCCAGGUAUUGCUGAUCGACUGAAGAAAGAAAUGGAAGCCCUAUCUUCUAGUGCAAUGAACACUAAGAUUAUUGCACCUCCGGAAAGAAAAUACUCUGCUUGGAUUGGAGGAUCUAUACUUGGUUCUCUAUGCACUUUUGGACAUAUGUGUAUUUCAAAGCAAGAAUAUGACGAAAAUGGAUCAAGCAUCGUACAUAGAAAAUGUUUUUAAACCAAUGUCAAAAGUUAAGGAAAAGUGGCAAUCACCAGCGCAGAGUUCAUAACCGUUCCAUGCAUUCUCCUCAAUAAUGAUUGUAGUGUUACGUAGUAUUGAAAAGCAAUUUAAAUAGCAAGGAUAUGAUCUUUGCGCCGGAGAUUGUUAAAGUGCAAUAUUAACAAUACUAGCCAGAACAGAUACGACAGUUAACAAGAUAGAUGAUAAGGUGCAAAAUAUUCAAUUUAAAAUCUAUAAAGAUCAUACAUAAUAUGAUAAAAUAUUUUCUUUAACCGGUAUACAUAGUGGAUGUUUUGAUAUUCCUUAGAAAAGAAAAUCUAAAUAUAUGAUCCUUCAUAGUUUUUUAGGAUCCAAAAAAAUAAAUUAAUAAUGUACGAAAUAAUAAUUACCAGUUUUUAACUUAAUAACCACUUGGAGUGGGGCAAUGUAACUUGUUUGAUUACUCGCCGUAACUUAGAGGUAUGUUGUGUAUAGAAACAACAAAUUUAAGGCCUUCUGUGUAAGCCAUGUUAAAAAAACACAUUGAUCAGCCUUGUCACUGUACGUGGUACUGUAUUACAAAAGUCGCUUCCACAAUCUAACAUUUUCUACCCCUAGAGUUCUGUACUGAAACUUGGCAUGAUUAUUCACCAUUAGAUAAAGUUGUGUCUGGUACUAAAAAACGAGCUUUGUAAGUGUUGGUCAAAAUCUUAGUUCAACUUAGCCGUAUUUUUGGUGAUUUACAAAUAUGCUUUUUGCGCCUGUCCCAAGUCAGGAGCCUCUGGCCUUUGUUAGUCUUGUAUUAUUUUUAUAUUAGUUUCUUGUGUACAAUUUGGAAUUUAGUAUGGCGUUCAUUAUCACUGAACU